AUGUACGCGCACGGCGUCAGUCCGCUGGCUCCGCCCAGCCUGUAUCAGCACCCGGAGGGCUACGCGCCGGCGCCUGUCGGGUCGCCCGCGCAUGCACCGCGAGGCUCGCCCAAGUACGCGAACGGCGGGUCCGCGACCCCGGGCCUGGUGACCCCUACGAACCGCGGCGGGGUGCCCGUCGCCACGAGUUCGCACAGCUUUCCGCCGUCGGCUCCGCCCGCAGCGGGCGGCCAGCCCCCUCCGGUCGGCGGGACGGCGCCUCCGAGUCGCAGGGGCGGGAACGGCUGCUUUCUGUUUGCAGUGAUCAUGCUGAUCACGUUUCUCUACUUGGGCUACGUUUGCAUUCUCCUGUACCCACUGCUCUGGCCCGAGCCGUCCGUUCUCGGCAUGACGCUCUUCGCCGCCUUCCACGUCUGCUUCUGUCUCCUCCUCGCCGCCUUCUUGAAGGCCGUCUGCACGGACCCCGGCCGCGUCCCGGCUAACUGGGGCUUCUACAUGGGCGACGAAAACAAACGCAGGAGAUACUGCAAAGUCUGCAACGUCUGGAAACCCGACAGAACGCACCACUGCUCCGCCUGCGGCCGAUGCGUGCUGAAUAUGGAUCACCACUGCCCGUGGAUCAACAACUGCGUGGGCUUCUACAACCGCAAAUACUUCAUCCAGCUCCUGGUGUACGCGCUCGCCUGCCUCUUCUUCAUCUUCGUUCACGGGUUUUACUUCAUCUUUUUGGAGAGCGUCCGCACCACGACGCAGCGCUACCCGACGUCGCCGACGCAUGCGCACGAGGGAUUCCCGGAUAUGCCCGAAGCGUCCGCGCUGACUGUUUUGAAAUACGUCUACGUCUGCCUCAUGCUCUUCUUUUCUAUGGUUCUCAUCUUCGCCCUGAUUCCGUUCUCCAGAUUCCAUUUGAACCUCGUUUUGAAGAACUCGACGACGAUCGAGAACAUGGACGUCGCGAACCGAGACCGGAAUCGCUACGACCUCGGCGUGAGCAGAAACAUUGAACAGGUUUUUGGAGCGAACCCGUGCUGCUGGAUGGUUCCUGUCCAGUUCGCUGCCAAUCGCCCUGUGGGCGACGGCGUGCGCUGGAAUAUGCACUACAUGGUCGCGGGAGAAGAUCAGGUCUAG